AUGGAAACAGUUACAACUCUUUGCUCUGAAGUGGAUUGCACAUCUCUGGAUAACGUGCAGAGGGACAGUACAAGCGGCCUGCAGCAUCUGGUGGACACCUUUGGAGAACUGGAUGGGCUGCUGAGUUCCCAGAAUUCCCUGAUCAGGAAGCUGAAGGAUGAGUGCUGCUCGCUGGGAGUCAAACUGGAAGAGCUGACAGAAAACAGCCGAGGGGAUCUGGAGCAGCUGGCCCUGGAGAAACAACACCUCGAGGAGUCCGUAAAGAGUCUGAGAGCUCGCUGCGCUGGUAUGGAGGAUCAGUGUGUGCAGCACGGCCGCAUGCACCAGCGCAUGAAGCACAGAGGGUUCCUGGGAACAGUUCUGGCCGUGCUUGGGAUUUCUUGGUGUAGUCUCUCUGCCUCCAAGAUCUUCAUCUCCACCCUGGCUAUGGAGGGCCAGCAGCUGUUGGUGGCGUACCCGUGUGCCCUGCUCUACGGGCUCUUUGCACUGCUCACUGUCUUCUAA